AUGUCAAUACCACCAGUGAAUUAUAAUGUACCUCCGCCUACGUUGAAUAUGCCUCCACCGGUACCAUCCCCGACGGUGCCAGUUGUUCCUCCUCCAGCAUUGUACCAUCACCCGCAAUUGUUUACUCCAUCUAUAGCUUCUCAAAAUGUAACAUCGCCUUUUGUACCAAUGCAGACAUUGCCGCCUUUGAAUGUCCCACCGCCACCUGUUCCGACUUACCCCCUAUCUUCCACUGAUGUUCUUCCUACUUUUACUGCUCCUACUGCUCCCCAAAGUUUUUCUUAUAGACAACAGGGGUAUUAUAACCUUCCAUCCAAAAACGAAACGAAGACCGAAUAUGAUUCUCUAUAUGAAAGAGAUAGAGAAUAUAGUUAUGUUAAUUCAAAAGAUCAAUAUAAUAAACCUCAUCAUGACAUAAGAGAUAAUUCAUCUAUGACUUCAUCAAGACAUAGACAUUCUUCUCACAGAGAUCAGAGCUAUGAGAGAGAAAGAAAUUAUGAAAAAGAUAGGAGAUAUGAUAGAGAUAGAACUUUUGAGAGGGAGAGAAAAGAAAGAGAUUUUAAAGAAGCAAAAUACCGGGAAUAUAGGUCACAGCACAGCAGGCGAAGCAGAAGCCCUUUAAGGCAUAGUCACCGUGACCAUGACAGAGAUAGAGAAAGAUAUGAUGAGCGUCGUGAAUAUGACAGAAGAUAUGAAUAUAAAAGGCCAAGCUCUACCUAUUAUAAAGAUUAUAGAAGCCACAGUCGUAAUCAUGAUCCCAGGGAUGAUAGGAGACACCAAAGAUCGCAGAGUAAAUAUAGUCACCGUUCUUCUAGCAGAGAGUCACAUUCUCGCAGUCGAACACGAGAGUUUUCACCGCAUUCACGUCAUGAUUCUGUCCCACGUAAACCUUUAACUGAUCGUGAAAAAAUAUUAGAAGAUUACAGGAAAAAUUAUUGUGAGACUUCCGGUGAUCUUAUAAAAAAGAUGGAACAAUGGUCAAGAGAACAUAAUUCUGAUGAAGAUGAGACACCAAAAAUGUGGUAUAGAAGUUCACCAGCUGAACUAUACUAUAAACCUGUGGAAGGAAGUGCAGGCGUCAUGCAAACAAGCAAAUUAGAGAAACGUUGCAGUGUUUUCCUCAGAAAUCUGAUAGAAAGAGGGAAGGCAGCAAGACCGGAAGUAGAUGAAUUGCCACCUUUAAAACCACCCAGAACAAAAAUGUGCAAACAUAAAUCGGACGAUAAAAGUUCAUCAUCAUCUGACAGUGAUGAUUGUCUUGAUGAAGAUGGUCUACAAGGUUACACAGAUAGAAUUAUGCUAGAAUUACAAAGAAAGCAAAGCCACCCGAGACGACUUCAUCCAGAGAUGUGGUUCAACAAUACUGGUGAAAUGAAUGGUGGCCCCCUGUGCCGUUGUAGUGUGAAGGCACGUCGAUACGGUAUGAGACAUGGUGUCUAUGCUGGUGAAGAAUCAUUUCCUAAGUGCAUACCUACUCAGAGCAAUGUUGACAAACUGUAUCAUUACAGGAUAACCGUGUCCCCACCAACCAACUUUCUCAUCAAGGCACCGACAAUAAUCUCUCAUGAUGAACACGAGUUUCUAUUUUCUGGGUUUUCCAUGUUUUCUCACUACAAGCUGAAGAAGUUACCUACUUGCAAAGUCAUUAGAUUCAAUAUAGAGUAUACUAUAUUGUAUGUGGAGGAACCUGCCCCGCAAAAUUUCACUAUACAGGAACUUGACUUAUUUGAGGAAUACCUGUUCUACGAGCUACUGGAGCUUGUGGAUUUAGACCUGGGUAAGGCAACAGAAACUUCAUGCUCACAGUUCCAUUUCAUGCCGCGGUUUGUACGUUACUUGCCAGAAGGCGGAUGCGAGGUGUUGUCCAUGUGUGAAGUGUUGAAAUACCUUAUAGAUGAAAGUGGCUUACUCAUACCGCCGGAUAACUUGGAGGAAGUUCAUAAUAUGGAUCAUUAUAAAUGGCAGAAAUUCGUCGACCGAAUCAAAGGCAUGAUCGUAACAUAUCCCGGGAAGAAACCAUGUUCAGUGCGCGUUGACCAACUAGACCGAAGUCCCCCCGUCAGUGCCAACGAGGUGAAGGAUCCCAAGGAACUGAAAUCGUUCUACCCGGAGAUCGUACACUUUGGCAUCAGACCGCCACAAUUGAGCUAUGCUGGAAAUCCCGAAUACCAAAAAGCGUGGCGGUACUACGUCAAAUAUAGACACUUGAUAGCAAAUAUGGCGAAACCGUCUUUUAAAGAGCGACAGAAGUUGGCAGCCAAAGAAGCACAGCUUCAGGAAAUGAGGACACAGAGCAAAAUGAAGAGAGACGUCACAGUCGCCAUAUCCUCCGAGGGAUUUCACACAACGGGACUUAUGUGUGAUGUCGUUCAGCAUGCAAUGUUAAUUCCAGUCCUAGUGAGGCAUCUUAGAUUUCAUAAAUCUUUGGACAGCCUGGAAAGGAAAAUGGGUUAUGUGUUUAAGAAGCGUCUCCUACUACAAACCGCGCUGACUCAUCCAUCGUACAGAGAGAAUUUCGGCACAAACCCGGACCACGCAAGAAACAGUCUUACGAAUUGCGGCAUACGGCAGCCCGAAUACGGAGACCGCAGGAUACAUUAUACUAGAAAGAAGGGCAUAGUAACACUCAUAAACAUAAUGUCCCGUUUUGGCAAACGUAGCGAGACGGAGUCCGAUAUAAAGCACAACGAGCGUUUAGAGUUCUUAGGCGACGCCGUGGUCGAGUUCCUGUCCUCCAUACAUCUGUUCCGGAUGUUCCCUGGCCUGGCUGAAGGUGGAUUGGCCACGUACAGAGCGUCUAUAGUACAGAAUCAACAUCUCGCACAGUUGGCUAAGAACAUCGGACUGGAGCAGUUUAUGCUGUACGCGCACGGCUCGGACCUGUGCCGCGAUGUGGUGAUGCGGCACGCCAUGGCCAACUGCUUCGAGGCGCUCAUGGGCGCACUUUUCCUUGACGCCGGCCUCGAGGUCACAGAUCGUGUGUUCACAUUGUCUUUGUGGUAUAAUGAACCAGAUCUACUGGAAGUAUGGUCCAAGGAACGUUUACAUCCAUUGCAAGAACAAGAGCCGCUGGGCGACAGAAAAUAUAUAAAAGAUUUCGAGUUUCUUCAUAAAUUGACAGAGUUUGAAGAAUCCAUAGGCGUACAGUUUAAGCACAUUCGCUUGCUGGCGCGUGCCUUUACCGACCGUUCAGUCGGCUUCACUCACCUAACGUUGGGUUCCAAUCAACGCCUGGAGUUCCUUGGAGACACGGUGCUGCAACUUGUCGUCUCUGAUAGACUUUAUAGACAUUUUCCCGAUCAUCACGAAGGACAUUUAUCAUUACUUCGUUCGUCGUUGGUAAAUAAACGUACGCAGGCGAUGGUGUGCGAUGACCUAAACAUGUCAGCGUAUGCGAUAUACAACAACCCUAAAGCGAAACCCACCACUAAGAAGCACAAGGCUGAUUUACUCGAAGCAUUUUUGGGAGCAUUGUUUAUUGAUAAGAACCUCGAAUACUGCCAAGCUUUUUGCAACGCAUGCCUAUUCCCGAGGUUGCAAGAGUUUAUUCUGAAUCAAGACUGGAACGACCCCAAGUCCAAACUGCAGCAAUGCUGUUUGACGUUAAGGUCCAUGGAAGGAGGAGAGCCUGAUAUACCAUUGUACAAGGUGAUCGAGUGUCUGGGCCCGACAAAUACGCGCGUGUACACCGUCGGAGUUUACUUCCGCGGGACGAGGCUGGCCGCUGCGCGCGGACACUCCAUACAGGAAGCGGAGAUGAACGCUGCUGAUCUUGCUCUUCAUUCUGCGCACGAAUUAUUCCCACAAUUGGACCACCAGAAAAGAGUGAUUGCAAAGAGCGUUAAAAAGAAGAAGAAGCGAAAAGACGGACGGGGAGAAGCAUCCACUUCAGAUAGUGCUGCGAUUCUAAAACGGAGCCGCUUAGAAGAUAGAGUACCAAAGGCCUACAGACUCGACAAGAAUAAAGAUAGCUCUGAUGAUGAUAACAGCGUUCGCGAGCACGUCUCUGAAAAUGAGGAAACACGUAGCAAUGAAGACAAGUCCGGUGAUGACUCCGGUCUUGUUAGCGACACAGAAUCCGUCCAGCUGGACAAGUUGGAAAACGUGCAAGUUAGUAGUCUCUUGAGCGAGAUGGAAAAGACGAAGGAAGAAUUUAUAAAGCGAAACGAAUACGAAAAAUUAAAAGAAAAAUGUAGAAAAUCAGAAUCAGAUGACGAUUAA